CCAUCAGGGGACUAUUUCGGACCAACGAUCGGCCCGCGUUUGGGUGUCGUUAAACCCAGGUUCGCGAUGUAUUAAAUAACGAUCAAUUCUCGUUAAACCAUGGUUGCUGUGUAGUGUGCCAUUCAACAAUGACAUUUCCUUUUAAAAGCGCUCUUCACUUGACUGAUCGUCCACCAUUUAUCAACAGUACUUGGACAGCCCAGUCUUCAAGGGACCUUUUCGAUGCACCGUAGACUAAGAAUGCUCUUACGGUGGUCUACCGUCAUGUCUUCAGUGAAAGCUUUCGCAACCAAGUUACAGGACAGAAAAGUGAUGCAAACCGCCAUGGAGAAACGCAGAGUGUUUCCAAUAAGUGGAUUUAAGACCGUUGAGCCGGACCACCUAGUGGAAGAAGAGGAGUUGCCUGAUUACCGAGCUGAUCGAUUCUAUCCCGUACAACUAGGUGAAGUGUUCAAGGACCGCUAUCAGGUGCUUACGAAGCUUGGAUUUGGCACUUCAUCAACCGCUUGGCUAGCCCGGGAUUUGAAAGCUCGCCAGUAUGUCGCGCUCAAGGUGUAUGUGCGCACGUCGUUGGUUCAUCGCGAGCUGCCAUUCUAUCAUCAUAUCGCUAGACAUAUCACCGAGAGCUCACAUGUAGGGCGAGGUAACAUCCGUAGGCUACUGGACUUCUUCGAAGCCGCAGGUCCAGACGGCCGCCAUGUUGUCCUCGUUUUUGAAGCUGCGCAAAUGAGUCUGCGUGAUAUGAAGACAGUCUUUUGGCCGGAUGGGUUUGAAGAAAAUUUCGUCAAGGGUGCCAUUAUCGAGCUUCUAAAGGCUUUAGAUUUUCUCCACACCCAAGGAGAAACUGUCCAUACUGAUGUGCACCCUGGCAACAUGCUCCUUGGCGUUUAUAACAAUGAUCUUCUACGAACCCUUGAAGAAUGGGAGUUCACUCAUCCCGUUCUGCGUAAGAUAGUGUCGUCCACUCGAACUAUCUUCCACUCUCGGUUAAUGAAGCCCAAGGAGGGCCCAAUGCUCCUUUCUGAUUUUGGUGAAGCCAGAAUUGGUCCUGGACCGCACGGAGGUGAUAUAAUGCCCUUGGAGUACCGGGCUCCCGAAAUAUUGCUUUAUGUAGGAUGGAGCUAUCCCGUUGAUGUGUGGAGUGUCGGCCUAACGGCCUGGCAACUCCUUGAACCAAAGAUAUUGUUCACCGCACGUGAUGAGGACGGAGAUCUUUACGAUGCUGCUCAUCUUGCCCAACUUAUUGCCGCUUUGGGUCCACCUCCACCUGGAUUUCUGGCCAAGAAUCCAGAGCGGAGAUCUAUAUUUUGGGACGAUCAAGGUCAAUGGCUAGGCCUUGCGCCCAUACCGCGUGGCCGUACCUUGGAGGCCCUUGAAACUCGACUAGAGGAUAAAUGUGGCUUCCUCAGGUUCAUACGAAGAGCAUUGACCUGGAUGCCUGAAGAGAGACCCACGGCUAAAGAGCUUCUACAGGAUCCUUGGCUGGUAGGCUAGAAAAUGUGACACCACGCCCGGUUUUACCAGUUUGUUCUAUUCGCAAGAGUCAAUUGUAAAUCUAGCACGCUAGGUAUAGUUGUGUCACCAUUACAGUCCCUUCUGGCUGGUACCCAAGCAAUUAUAAACCAAGUUACUCCAAUUGAUGCUUGUAGUUCAAUAGUGGCGGGAACGAUCUUCUGCUAUGACAGACGAUGAUGACACUUUCAGAGUCUUUGAAAAGUCGAGA